AUGACGUGCUUCAUCGAUUAUAACUGGCUCACUAUCCCCACUUUCAUCAUUUUCUGGUUUGUGAGAUACGGUGUUCAGUCGGUAUUGAAACAAAAUUACUACUAUAUGGGCAACAUGUGGUCGUUUUUGAUUGUUUCCGGAGUUCUUGAGUUAUAUCAUGUCUGGACGGGGAGAUUGGUGAACAACUAUGCAUAUCAGUCGUAUCAAGAUAAUGAGGUUCUGCAGCAGCAUGCUUAA